UGAGGAUUGUGGGAUACUAUUCUCUAAUUAAAGUCACAAAAAUGCAAUAAUUAAGAGAAUCGAAUAAUCCUAUAUAUUUUCUAUAGAAAAAUGUAAAUAAUAUAAAAUUAUUUCGCAUUUUAAGCAAAGGCAUAUGACAAAAGUUAGGUCCUAAAUAAAAUAUUGCAUACACCCAUAGAAUAAUCAACCCAUAAAAGGCGCAAACCACAUGCAUUCUCAUAAGUACUCAGACUCCUAUAUAAACACACACAUCUUCUCCCUCCAAAUCCAAACCAAUAGAUCUCUUUUCUCAUACAACAAACAAACAAAAAAACAUUCAACUUAACUACAAACACUUCCAAAUCAAUCAAAACCCACCUCAAACAUACUUGCUUCUAUUCAGAAAAUGGAGAAUAUGUUUAGACUCAUGGCAAGUGAAGCAUAUUUAUCAGACCGUCGGUGUAUUUGGGUCAACGGUCCGGUUAUCGUCGGAGCAGGCCCAUCCGGUUUAGCUACAGCAGCUUGUCUACGUGAUCAAGGAGUCCCAUUCGUCGUGGUCGAAAGAUCAGACUGCAUAGCAUCACUCUGGCAGAAACGAACGUACGACAGGCUCAAGCUCCACUUACCCAAAAAAUUCUGUCAAUUACCCAAAAUGCCCUUCCCGGAUCACUACCCUGAAUACCCAACAAAACGACAGUUCAUCGAUUACCUUGAGUCAUACGCAAACAAGUUCGAGAUUAAACCGGAGUUCAAUAAAUCCGUUGUAUCUGCCCGGUUUGAUGAAACCAGCGGGUUAUGGCGGGUUAAGACGACAACAACAGCCGGAGAGGAGAUGGAGUAUAUCUGCCGGUGGUUGGUGGUGGCAACGGGAGAAAACGCUGAACGUGUUGUGCCGGAGAUUAACGGGCUUAAGACGGAGUUUGACGGAGAAGUGGCUCACGCUUGUGAGUAUAAGUCCGGCGAAAAAUAUAGAGGGAAGAGAGUUCUUGUCGUGGGAUGUGGAAACUCAGGCAUGGAGGUCUCACUCGAUCUUGCUAAUCACAAUGCUAUUGCUUCCAUGGUCGUUAGAAGCUCGGUUCAUGUGUUACCAAGAGAAAUAAUGGGGAAAUCAACGUUCGGAAUCUCAGUGAUGCUAAUGAAGUGGCUACCUCUAUGGCUCGUCGACAAGCUUCUAUUGAUUUUAUCAUGGCUAGUUCUUGGGAGCUUAUCUAAGUACGGGCUUAAAAGGCCCAGUAUCGGCCCAAUGGAGCUCAAAAGCAAGACGGGGAAAACACCGGUUCUUGACAUCGGUGCUCUAGAGAAAAUAAAGUCCGGCGACGUAGAGAUCGUCCCAGCAAUCAAACGGUUCUCACGGUGCCACGUGGAGCUCGUAGACGGACAGAAGCUACAUAUCGAUGCCGUGGUUCUUGCCACCGGUUAUCGCAGCAACGUCCCUUCUUGGCUUCAGGAAAGUGAAUUCUUUUCCAAGAACGGGUUCCCUAAAUCGCCGUUUCCAAACGCGUGGAAAGGGAAGUCGGGUCUGUACGCGGCCGGGUUCACGAGGAAAGGAUUGGCCGGAGCAUCUGCGGACGCCGUUAACAUCGCUCAAGACAUUGGGAAUGUGUGGAGAGAAGAGACCAAACGACAGAAGACGAGGAGAAACGUGGGUCACCGCAGGUGCAUCUCAGUUGCUUAAGCCUCAAGUUAGGUGUCUUUCUAGUAUAAAACAAUAUUUUAUUUAUUUUGUAAAGUGUAUAGUAGAGUACAGAGAGUCCUCUCCUGAAGUCCACAGUGUUUUUUUAUUACACGCUGUUAUGGGCAUUUUGUAAUAGUUUAGGAUGACGUGGCUUUUUACUAUACUUGGUUAAUUUUUCUGUAAUACGUGUUUGGCGAUGGUAAUUAAUUAACUGUGGGCUUAACUCACUAAGAGACCCGGUUUAUUAUGACA